CCCUGCGUUGUGUUGUCUGUUGUUUGUAGUCGUCGCCUAAUCAUUUUUAUCUUGCACCGCCAAUUGUCUGGCUCUCAGCGUCGAGUACUUAUUUCUUGUUUUUUAUUUUCUUGCUUCUGCUUCUCUGAGCAGUGAGAGAUACCAUGUCAAGGGCACAAUUCUUGAGGGAGUACAAGCUCGUCGUCGUUGGCGGAGGUGGUGUCGGUAAAUCCGCACUCACCAUCCAAUUCAUUCAGAGCCACUUCGUCGACGAAUACGACCCGACCAUCGAGGAUUCGUACCGCAAGCAAUGUGUCAUCGAUGACGAGGUCGCACUCCUCGACGUUUUGGACACCGCCGGACAGGAAGAAUACGGGGCAAUGCGCGAACAGUACAUGCGAACGGGCGAGGGAUUCCUUCUUGUAUACUCUAUCACCUCUCGCAACUCCUUUGAGGAAAUUAGCACCUUCCACCAACAAAUUCUCCGUGUUAAGGAUCAGGAUUCGUUCCCCGUCAUUGUCGUUGCCAACAAGUGCGAUCUUGAGUAUGAGCGCCAAGUUGGUAUGAAUGAGGGUCGAGAUCUUGCAAAACAUUUUGGUUGCAAAUUCAUAGAAACGUCGGCUAAGCAGCGCAUCAACGUCGACGAGGCUUUCACAAACCUCGUCCGCGAGAUUAGAAAGUACAAUAAGGAACAACAAACGGGUAGACCGGUCAUGGCCAACGCAGGGAACGUACCUGGAGUAUACAGCGGCUCCAAAGACAUGGGCGAUGGUGAUCAUGGAGGAUGCUGCUCCGGCUGUGUUGUCGUGUGAUCUUUUCUUAGUAUCAUUUUACCGGUAGUUAUACGGAUUUUCUUUUUCCAUCUUUCUAACAAAUUCCAAGGUGUCCAUCAUUCCUUUGGGUACUUCUCUUGCCACCCAGCAUUGUACACGUCUCUACCGCCUUCUUCUCACUCUCUAAGCCACUCAUGCGGAUCGCAUUGUAAAUAUAGGUUAUGCUUAUGUGUUGAUCAACUGAAUUGAGUUCGCAGAAGCUACAAAAUAACGUGAAAGGGACACCUCUCCAUUUCCGAAGUUCGUAAGGUCUGACUAGAGCAAGGUCAGUGGAUCCCUCUCACGAGGUGACUUCUUUGCUUUGAAGGUGAGUAUUACAGAGAUCACAACACCUG